AUGGCUACAUCUGGACGUGAUCUCAUUAAUGUUGCAAAGAAACGUACCAACGUAAUUCCAAUCAUUGAAGAUGCUCGUCAUCCUCAAAAGUAUCGUAUGUUGGUGAACAUGGUAGAUGUUAUUUUUGCGGAUGUUGCUCAACCAGAUCAAGCUCGUAUUAUUGCUUUGAAUGCCCAUCAUUUCCUUAAAAACAACGGAAAUAUUGUUAUAUCAAUCAAGGCAAAUUGUAUCGAUUCAACCGUCGAGGCUGCUACGGUAUUUGCAAGGGAGGUAAAAAAAUUACAGGAAGAGCAUAUAAAACCCCUAGAACAACUUACUUUAGAACCAUACGAAAGAGAUCAUGCUCUAGUAAUAGGAAG